CGCUUCCCUGCGCCCGACUUUUCAUAGGCUGGGAAGCGAAGCUUGAGAAACUUGACGUUGUCUUGGGCAGAGUGCGUGUAGCAACAGAUCAAAGAAAAAAGGGGAAGAAAACGUGUUCUCAGCUGCCUGGGGAACUCGCUGAGUUGCUUUUGUCUUGCGGGCUUCUGCUGGCUUUGGUGUUUCCCCUCGGAAGACCGCGGCGUGGGCUUCCAGGCGGCUCGCUCCCUGCUGGAUGGGUGAUGGAACUCUAAACAUGAGGCAGAUAGCUGAUCAGCUUCCUUGGAUUUUGCUGAUGACCCAGGAGAGCUUUGCCUGAAGAUGGAAACACUGGAGUCGGAGCUGACCUGCCCUAUUUGUCUGGAGCUCUUCGAGGACCCUCUCCUGCUCCCCUGUGCACACAGCCUCUGCUUCAACUGCGCCCACCGCAUCCUGGUGUCACACUGCGCCACCAACGAGUCCGUGGAGUCCAUCACCGCCUUCCAGUGCCCCACCUGCCGGCAUGUCAUCACGCUCAGCCAGCGAGGUCUAGACGGGCUCAAGCGCAACGUCACCCUCCAGAACAUCAUCGACAGGUUCCAGAAAGCCUCAGUGAGCGGGCCCAAUUCCCCCAGCGAGACCCGCCGGGAGCGGGCAUUCGACGCCAACAGCAUGACCUCUGCCGAGAAAGUCCUCUGCCAGUUCUGUGACCAGGAUCCUGCCCAGGACGCCGUGAAGACCUGUGUCACUUGCGAAGUGUCCUACUGUGACGAGUGCCUAAAAGCCACUCACCCGAACAAGAAGCCCUUCACAGGCCACCGUCUCAUUGAGCCCAUCCCGGACUCGCACAUCCGGGGGCUGAUGUGCCUGGAACACGAGGAUGAGAAGGUGAAUAUGUACUGCGUGACCGAUGACCAGUUAAUCUGUGCCUUGUGUAAACUGGUCGGGCGGCACCGAGAUCAUCAGGUGGCAGCUUUGAGUGAGCGCUAUGACAAAUUGAAGCAAAACUUGGAGAGUAACCUCACCAACCUUAUUAAGAGGAACACGGAACUGGAGACGCUUUUGGCUAAACUCAUCCAAACAUGUCAACAUGUUGAGGUCAAUGCAUCACGUCAAGAAGCCAAAUUGAUGGAGGAAUGUGAUCUUCUUAUUGAGAUCAUUCAGCAAAGACGACAAAUCAUUGGAACCAAGAUCAAAGAAGGAAAGGUGAUGAGGCUUCGCAAACUGGCUCAGCAGAUUGCAAACUGCAAACAGUGCAUCGAGCGGUCGGCAUCACUCAUCUCCCAAGCAGAACACUCUCUGAAGGAGAAUGAUCACGCGCGUUUCCUACAGACUGCUAAGAAUAUCACUGAGAGAGUCUCCAUGGCAACAGCAUCAUCCCAGGUCCUCAUUCCUGAAAUCAACCUCAAUGACACAUUUGACACCUUCGCCUUAGAUUUUUCCCGAGAGAAGAAAUUGCUAGAAUGUCUGGAUUACCUUACAGCUCCCAACCCUCCCACAAUUAGAGAAGAGCUCUGCACGGCUUCCUAUGACACCAUAACCGUUCACUGGACCUCCGAUGAUGAAUUCAGUGUGGUUUCCUAUGAGCUCCAGUACACCAUCUUCACUGGACAAGCCAAUGUUGUGAGUCUGUGCAACUCGGCCGAUAGCUGGAUGAUCGUGCCCAACAUCAAGCAGAACCACUACACGGUCCACGGGCUGCAGAGUGGCACCAAGUACAUCUUCAUUGUCAAGGCCAUCAACCAGGCAGGCAGCCGCAGCAGUGAGCCUGGGAAGUUGAAGACGAACAGCCAACCAUUUAAACUGGACCCCAAAUCUGCACAUCGAAAGCUAAAAGUGUCCCAUGAUAACUUGACAGUAGAACGUGAUGAGUCGUCAUCCAAAAAGAGCCACACACCCGAACGCUUCACCAGCCAAGGCAGCUAUGGUGUAGCUGGAAACGUGUUCAUUGAUAGUGGCCGCCAUUACUGGGAAGUGGUCAUAAGUGGAAGCACAUGGUACGCCAUUGGCCUAGCAUACAAGUCAGCCCCAAAGCACGAGUGGAUUGGCAAGAACUCUGCUUCCUGGGCGCUGUGCCGCUGCCACAAUACCUGGGUGGUAAGGCACAACAGCAAGGAGAUCCCCAUCGAGCCAGCCCCCCACCUCCGGCGCGUCGGCAUUCUGCUAGACUACGAUAACGGCUCCAUCGCUUUCUAUGAUGCCUUGAACUCCAUCCACCUCUACACUUUCGACAUCACAUUCUCGCAGCCCGUGUGCCCCACCUUCACUGUGUGGAACAAAUGUCUGACCAUCAUAACAGGCCUUCCCAUCCCCGACCAUCUAGACUGUACAGAGCAGCUGCCCUGAGCACGUGGAGCUGGUUUCUGGGGGAUGUAAAGGGUGGUGGCCACCAUUUCGGGGACUGAGAAAGCACAGGCUUCCAGAAUGUGGUUAAAUCUCACUGAAAAGCAUCCAGAAAUCAGCUAAGAUAGGACUCCCAAUGGGUGAUCCCCCCCUUUCACUGUGUUUUGUAUUAACUACAGGCUUUAAUAAUUUCUUCACCCUGUUUUUGUAUUUACAGGAAAAUUUAUAGAUUAUUUAUAAUAGGAACAUAACCGGGGAUUACAACUCUUAGAAAAUCUCUGGUUUUGCACAUUAGGAGGCCCGUAAGUUUUAUCAGUUCUCGACAACCUUUAUUUUCAGCACAAGUCUCUGAGCUUGAGAAACAAGAUCUUCUGUAGUUUUGUGUUUCCCCACCUUCUCACAUCCUCUUUCCUACAGAACUCAUGGCGGGUCCUGUCACCCCAACACUGUGUAACAAUAUGCCACUAUUUUCAAACUAAAAACAUUAGUUUUGAACCUAGUAGGGAAGUAAGCAGGCUUUCUGACUCCGGUUUCUUGUGAAGCGUUCUGCGAUGUCAGAAGGAUUUAUUGGAUCAAGUAGGGUGGAGAGAGCAACAGAGAGGAGGGAAAGACUUGACUUGGGAGCCGGGGAUCUGCUAUUGCAAAACCUGUAAUUACCCUUCCAUGGCUGGUAGAAUGAUGCUGGGAGAACACGAACAAUGAGACUGCCAUUGAAAGCACUAGCCUUGAAUCCUACCGAUGAUUCAAAAAUUCAGGCUUAUUUGUAUUUUCUCAGGAGUGGGAUUCUGUGUCAUGAUAGAAAUCUAUUUCCUUCUUCCUUUUACUAGUUUCUUUAGGCCUGUGAAGUUUCUUCACUAUGUUUAAUAGCUGUCCUGUGUCCCACUCCCCCUGAAUAAUUUUUGUCACUGGGGCUGAGGAAAUAAACAUUUUCUGUCACAAAUGGCAGCACCACUUUGGAUCGAUUUUGCUCUCUAGGACAUCAACAUAUGGCCCCAACUGCCAAUACCACAUCCAACCAUAAGUCACCAAAAAACAUUUGUAUUUAUGAGUUGGUAAUGACAAGGGACAUUGCAUAAAGUACUCUUCUCUAGUAUACGUACUCCAAAAGUUAUAAUAAACAGACCUUUAAACACAUCUCGAAAGAUGUAGAAGUCCCUCUAUAUUCUAGUAUAGUUAAUAGAGUUGUAAGAAAACAAACAAAAACAAACAAACAAAAAAAAAAAACAAAAAAAAUCAAACUCACUAUUCUCACUUUGGAACCUGCUAGUAGAACCUGCUAAUGCCAUGUCAGAUACAAUGCUCGGUGUGCUGACCUAAGGCAUUGGAGUGGUCCAUGACGUAAGGCUUUUUUGCCUUCCCUGAUGGCUCAGUGGUAAAGACUCAACCUGCAAUGCAGGAGACCAGGUUUGCUCCCUGGGUCGGGAAGA